UUCAGUAUCAGUCUCCACUGAGCAUCUCGACGUUAAUUGAAUCAUUUCUAUUUAGCUACAAAGUUGUUAGUAACUUUCGUCUUUCUUCACCUCACUGGAAGAUUAGCAACACUUUCCACAACUUCCGCUAUUUAAACUCGUUUAUUGAGUCUCUUUAGCAAUAACAAGACAAUGGAAAUUUGCAUCGACUCCCUAGAAUCGGCGAGAAACGCGAUCGAGGGUGGGGCAAAGAGGCUCGAAGUUUGCUCAGCCUUAUCUGAGGGUGGUCUAACCCCCACCCCGGGCCUCGUUAAAAAAAUCAAAAGCUUCUCACCCAUACCAGUCUACGCGAUGCUCCGAUUACGGGCUGGUAACUUCGUGUACAUAGAAGAGGACACGGAAGUGAUGCUACAGGAUCUGAAAAUACUCAAGGAUCACGGCGCAGACGGAUUCGUCUUUGGAGCACUGACGUUAAACGGGAAAAUUAAUGUGGAUCUCUGUGAGGAGGUUCUUUCAGAGGCCAGUCCUUUGUCAGUCACCUUUCAUCGAGCCUUCGACGAGGUGAACGACCCUAUGAGAGCAGUGGAAACAUUGAUUGAACUAGGGUUUGAGAGAAUUUUAACUUCCGGUCAGAAGGACACCGCCAAGGAAGGCUUGGAGUUGAUACAGAAGUUAGUUCAGGUGGCUCAAGAUAGAAUAAUUAUCAUGCCAGGUUCUGGUAUCACCAAGGACAACAUUUUUGAGAUAAAGAUAACGUCUGGAGCGAAGGAAUUCCACGCAUCCGCCAAGAGGAUGGCGGUGAUCUCUAGCGGAAAUAGAGUUAAGAUUGGAGCCAAUAAAGAGUCCUCUGUUAUGGUCACUGAUAGUGGAUUGGUUCGAGAAAUGGUAUCGAUUAUAACGGUGUAAUCGUAAUCGAAUGGAUAAGACACACGGAUCCAAAUUGUUAUCCUGAAUCGAAGAACCUGUUUCUUUGGGUGAUUAAUUUAUUUGUCAUUGGUAUUAUUGCAACGUUCCUGUUCCA